AUGGCAUCGGCACUGACCCAAGUUAAGCCUUCACGUGAAGAUUUUGCCCUGACAGAACUUUCCGCCGAAGACAAAGAGAAAUUCUUAGAUGAACACAACAAGUUUCGUGGAAUGGUUCAGCCGCCUGCUGCUGACAUGGAGUAUCUGGUGAGUCACACAAACAAUGACACCACACAGACGUAACAACGAUAAAACAAAACCAAGUUCAUCAGGAGAAGGGAAAUGAGAAAUCAUAAAGCUUUUAGACACCUGUUGCAUAGCCUGUGGGUAUGCAACGGGUCGUGUUCUACGAAAAAAAAAAAAACAUUCUUGCUCGCGGCCUUCAAAUUUUUUUCUCCAAUUUUGGGUUCAACAUAUCAAAUUGCCCAACGCGUACAAUUGUAGUAGGCAUAAUCUAAAACACGACUUUCAAUCGGCCAUCAUUUUGACUUAGACGGUCGUGGUCGACAUCGAAAACAGAAUCCAACAGAAUGCAACGGAGGCAGAUAUUGGAAAGUUAGUGCUGCAAAAGACCAGCUGUAGCAAUAUCUCACUCACAGAGAAGGUUGCGAAUUAUUGAAGGUCUCAAAGGUGAAAAAAAAACUGAUUAGCGUUAAAGGUAUAAGAGAAAGCUUGAUGAGGCCUAUUUUGUUAUUCUAAGGGAAAAAAAGGUAAUGAUGUGGAUUAUUAUUAUUAUUAUUAUUAUUAUUUUUAUUAUUAUUAUUAUUAUUAUUAUUAUUAGGCUUGUUUACGCUUUGCUUUAGAAGUGUCUUUCCUCCCUUUUGCUGUUAUGUAGAGAUUUCAUCUUAAGUUGUCGUGAUAAUUGACCUGAGAUAAUCUAGUAAUAGUAUGCUUUCGGGUAUAGCAUAGCAAGAAAAUUUCGAUCGUCACUUAAAUUUUACUUAGAGUGUAGAAAUGGGCCCGCGUGUACGUUCAUGACCCGGAAAACUUAAGUCACUUGAAAUGUACUUGAAAUGUAAUUGCACAGCACGGGUGACACCUGACAGGAACCUCCAACAUACAUGGAACAUGUCCUUGCUGUCGUGACUAUAAAUUUACUUUCUCUUCGUAAGCUGCAGUCUUGUGUACCGCAAAUAAUUAUAAAAGGUGAUACCAACAGUAAAAAAGGAGUUUAGCAACGAGGCUUGACCUAAGCCCCUUGGAGGAAUGAUCGAUUUUGGUCACACAAAGUGUUAUAAAUUCGGACUGGCUGGUCCCGUGAUUAAUCAGAAAAUUAAUACUUUGACUAGAUAAAAAAUAUUAAAAUCAUGUUUUCCAACAAUUUUCUUCUUAACCACGUAGGUUUUAACCAUAUGAACCAAGUCGUGUGGCUUUUCGUGUACAAGAAAAAUAUAUGUAUAUAUUCAUGACAGGUUUGUUAAUAAUAUAAGUUGCUUCUCUUAAAUUUGUGACUGUACUAGGGCGGAGAUGUGAUCAAUCCUUCUUCUUUGUUAUCAAAAACCCUCAUUUUGUGCCUUAUUUACAUUUGUGCAGUUCUGGGACGACCAUCUCGCAAACUUAGCGCAGAUGUGGGCCAAUCAGUGCAUUUGGGAUCACGGUUUUGUCGCGUUUGGUGACGAAUAUCCAUAUGAGGUACCCUUUAAGGGGCGUGUAGGUAUGUGACACUGAAGGAAACGUGCUAUACAUACAAGUACUUCCUGGUGACAUAACUAAGUAAAGUAAAAAGAAAUACAUUUCCCACAGAACGUCGCUUAGCGCGACGAAAAGGGCCAACAUUAGGAAAUAGAGAGGGAAAUAAAAGAAGGAUCGAAAAAGAAGCGGCUGGGAAAUAAUAUCACUUGACAGCCGCGAUUCGAACCUGGAUCAAACGCAUGAACGCCAGCUGUGUCACCAUUUCUGUUCAACCCAUUCGCUCCUACAAAAGUGACCACUGUUAGCGAAACCAUUUUGGGCCCAAAGCCUCUUAAUGACCAGCGAGAGCGAUCAUAGUUCUAUAUACCUCUUUAGGAACUACUAGUUGUUUGAAAAGAGAAGAACAUCAGUUUAAAACUAGGCUUAGCAAUGUAACCUAAAAAGAUUGAUCGUGUUCAGGUCAAAAUCUUGCAAGGGAAUGGGGUGAACUUUCCUCUCCAGAAGACCGCGUGGAACCAUGGUACAAAGAAAAUGAGUACUACACUUACAGCAAGUUUGCCAGCCCAAUGGGAGCUGCGUGCGCCAAGGAACCUUGCGGCCAUUACACUCAGGUAUGCAUUACCCGGCUUUUGGAAGUCCACCAUAGGACUUUUCCCCGGAGACUACGGACGUACGUUGAAAUAACCGCAUUUCUCCUUUUUCUUACUUCUUUGCAAAGCUUGCUUGGGCACAAUCAAAGUUUGUGGGAUGUGGAGUGAAGUGGUGUGACAAGGAGUUUGGUAUGUCCCAUCCCUGGAUCCGUGGGGAGACGAUUGUCAGUUGCGACUAUGGACCUUCGUGAGUAACUCUACAACUCUUUUUGUAGUUACGUUCUUCCCUACUUAACUAUUCUCCCAGCUACAUUUAAAGAAAACAAAACCUCUGAUAUCAUGGCACAAACCCAGGGGGAGGUACUCUGGAUUUUAGGUGACGGGAAUGAUCAAAGGAUUUUUUUGGGUAGGAAAAUUUGGCUAAGUAGGGAUUUUUUUCGUAUUCAAAACAAUCUGAAGAUUCGUGGCCGCGUAGUUCAGCGAAUUAAGUGCAACCAAACUUGGGCUCGGAAAUUCGGAAUGGGCUUUUUUGGGGGUUGACAUUUGAUUCAGGGAUUAUUUUUUGGUUUUGUUGGAAGCCAUAGGGAUUUUUUGGGUUUUGAUUUUUGCAUUGAUUCUAUCAUCCCCGUCACUUGUAUUUUGGAAGUAUGACUCGAAUGAAGUAACCUUGUCACCUUUUAGCUGAAAGGCAUUUAUAUAUUGGGAUAAACGAUGACACCUGACGGAUUUAUGGGCCAAGUUUCCCUGGAGCUAGAGAUGCAAAUUCAAAUUCUCUUAACAUUCAUCAUCAACGGUCCAACGAACAAAUUCUUUCCAAGUAGCCUGAAUUUCGAGGGGUGAUAACUUCAUUACGAAGCCAUAACCAGGAAAUCAUGAAACCAUACAGCAUUAAUGCGUAAACCAUUCCUAGAAAACCUGUCAUCGUGUCAUCGUUUAUUGUAAAUGCGAUGCUAUUCACAGUUAAUAGCGCUUUUUAUCAAUUAUCAGCAAUGCAGGGUCAUCAAUGACGAUGUUCCUGCUUUGCUAUCUGAACCAACAAUGAAUCACAAAGCAUUGAUUGCAUGAUUUGAGCCUGCAAGGAAUUCUAACUAUUUCCCUAUCUCCAUCCCAGAUGCAGAUAAGACAAACAACCAGGAAAAUAGCCCUUCACAAAAAUGUCAUUAAGCCAUUAGCUUAAUGGGUGUUUUAUCUUCUCUUCAUCUUACAGAAAAACUAGGAAGGGCUUUGCCAACCUUUAGGUGGUUCGCAGCUCGUUGGUUAAUGUUGUUCGUUUUUUCUGUUUGUUUCUAUACUUAGUAUAGCUCAGAAUUUUUGUGGCAACUUUUUCACAAAUCUCGAAAAUUGUUUAGCUCAUAUUGUUUAUUUAUUUAUAUAUUUUAUCAACGCGUCCUUUAAUUUAUCUCCCUGAUUAUAUUUAUCCGCUUGUUUCAAAUGUUACUUAUAUCGCACAGUAGAAUUUAUAAAACUAUCUAUUUUGAAAGCACACGAUUUAAUCGACUAAAUAAAGUAUUUUACUCAAUGCCAAUACUCUAUUGAUCCAGUCAUUAAAAAAAAAUUAGGAAUAUCUUAUCUUGGAUGUAAAACAGAACGACUUUUGUCAUGUGACAAAUGGUAAACAUUAAUUCCAUUGCUUGUUUUGUAAUACCGUCAUUGGCUGGAGAAAAAUAUGGGAUUUAACACAAAAAAAUUGACAAGUCUUGAAUAAAUUACUCUGCCACAAGCCAGUCAGAUUGCAAGGAUCACCAGUGAAUGUGCAAUAGAUGAAAUAAACAUUUAUAGUACAUUUUUUCCUGAAAAUAAAGGUUAGCAAAAUCAGUGUCUGUGAUAGAUCUUAUUUAUUCACUUAUUUGUUUAUUUGUAUUAAUUCUUUUCCUUUAAAGAGGUAACAUUAUAGGACAAUUUCCUUACAAACAAGGCACACCAUGUUCAAAAUGCGCCUCUGGGAAAGGAUUCUGUUACAAAAAUUUAUGCAGUAAGUACAAUUUAACUGAUUCAGCUAUAAAUCUAGGAAAAGGUAAAUACGUAGCUCAGUUUAAAAAACAAUACAGUAAGUCGUGGGCCCAGUUGUUCGAAGGCCAAUGGACCUGUCACGGUUUUUGACGCCAUCUUGACGAGUUGGCAAACGCGUGUUUGUAUGAGAAUUCAAUGUAGAAUAAUUUCCGUAAAACGGCUGUUCUGGAAAAAAUAUGAAUUGCAAACUAACGCUACACAGCAAAGGAUUUUACUAACAAAUUUUGGGGGCCGCUACUGUGCUUAAAUUUCUCCAGAAGCUUGCUUUAGAUUUUCCAUACAUCUGUCUGCAAUUUUUCCCGGGAAAUUUUUAGACAAAUGUAUAGAAAAUUUUAAAAAAAGGUUCUAGGUCUUCUAGCGCAUGUAACGCCCUUAAAUUUUUUCAGUAGAAUCCUUAAGAGUGAAGCUUUAGUUUACAAUUCAUAAUUUAUUCAAUACGGCGGUUUUACGGAAAUUAUUCGACAUUAGAUUCUCAUACAAACACUGCAAUUUCUCACGCGUUUGCCCGCUCGUUAAGAUGGCGUCGAAAACUGUGACAAGGUCUAUUAGCGCUUAACCCAAGGUUAAAUUUAACCCGGGUUUCUUUUUCUUUUGUUCAAAAGCAUUUUCUCCGAUAAUUUUCUGUUAUUUUUAAGAGCACACAAUCAUCAACUUGUUGCCAAAAAGAAUUAAAAUGAAUUUACUUUUUAAGCUUUCAUAUCUGAAUUCAAAUUCGCACUAACCGGGUCAUCUUAACCCGGCUUCAUUUGAACAACCCGGCCCUGACAAUUAUUACACCAAUUGCAUUUCACGUUAGGUAAAGAAAAAUUAAUGUAUUUUUGUCUUUCAUUAGGGGACUGCGAUAACUUUGAUAGUGAAUGUGGUAAAAGCCUAUCGAAAGACAUGUGUUCCUCGCUACAACACCGUGAAUUAAUGGCAAAGAAAUGCCCAAAAAUGUGCGACUUAUGUGGUAAGACUUAAGCCAGCUUUAACAGCUUGUCCGCACCAUAAUUAAUUAGCAAUUUAUAACAACUUCCGAGUUCUGCAUAAUUGUUCAGAUCACAGGAAAGCCGAUUCCAAUAAUCGUUUCAUUUAUUCAAAUAAUUCAUACUUUAAAAACUUGCUGACCUCUAUCGAUGUUUAAAUUCCCGUCUUUAUUUGACAACUCGAGAUAUGAAGGGAAUUAUUUGGUUUAGCAGAUACUCUUCGAAUAGCAGCAGUUAUAAUCGGUCGAGUUGUAUUUGUAUAGAUAUAUAAUAGCAGUGAUAUUUGGCAUAAAUAUACCACGAGUGAUAAAUUGUUACACGUAAUUUCACGAGCCGUCAGGCGAGUGAAUUUUGAGACAAUUUUGCAUUAUCAAGAGUGGUAUUUAUGCAAAAUAUCACGUACAAAUCCUGUUAUUAUUUGUUAAAACAACUACCCCCAAAGGGUUUGUAAUUUUCACAUGUAGGUAUUUCAAAUUAAACUGAAAUACGACUGCUCUAAGCCAAUUAAAUUGCAGAAAUUUCUCAUGUAGUAGUAUAAUUGCUGUUAUUGUCAUUUUAAGGGAGUAAAUUGGCCUUUUUUUCACAAUAAGUGUGAAACUUUCCGCCAUUUCCGUCUUUACCAAAGAAGGUGAGCUAACGCACCCAAUUAACGCACUAUUAACUUGCGAUCACUUUUUUCUGUCGAUAUCCUGUUUUAUUAACGCAAUUUUACUACAUUCUCAUCGCAGUGAACUUCUUCUUCCCAGUCAACUGGCCACAUUAGCUGGCUAUAAAGAAUUAGUCGGGGAAUUUGAGCCAACCAUCAACAGAAAAUAUUUUGAAUGAAAAAUAAUGAUGUCUGUUCAUGAACUCAGUUGAUUUGGAUACAAAAAAAGUUACAUGCUAUUAAACUAAUAUGGUCUAAAAGAAUUCCAUUGGUCGUGUGGCUUGUUUCUAGGACUGGUAAUUAGACACAUUGAAAAAAUAUACUGAACAUUUAUUUUAUGGGGCAUUGUAAUAUUUUAGGGAAUAGUUAAACCAAUCACCCAAGACCAGAAUGACCAAUCACAAAACAAGAAUGAAUAUAAGUUUUUCCGUCCCUUUGGACUGAUGAUCUUAAAUAUUUUAUUCGUAGGUAGUAAAAACGGUAGUAAAAUUAGAAAUCAGUCAUUGUGACUUACAUCCUUACAUAUAGUAUAGGGUUAAAAUUGGAUGAAGAUAAAAGGCUAUGGCGUCAUCAGCAUUAACGUAUUCCUACCAAAAAAGGAGUUGUAAUUGGUGCGCCUUAUACUACUUUCCUUUUCUUUAGAAUGUCCUUUGAAGUGCCAAAAUGGAGGAACAGUGAAUCGUCAGAGUUGUAUUUGCGUCUGCCCCUCUGGUUGGAAGGGUAUGGACUGUUCAGGUAAACAAUAUAAAGAAGGCUGACGGAUUCAGCUCUUUCAUAAAAUUGUAUAAUAACUUAAUUCAACAAAAUACAUAGAGUCCAUGGAAAACACUUUAGACAUCAAAAAAUAACGACGCAUUAAGGUGCUUAAGAUUUGGGUGCUUUAUAAUUCAAACUUUUUUUUUUGCAAAAUUCGGUGCGAAAACUUGCAUGAAUUUUCGGUUUAAGAUUUAUGACUUGACCGUGUACCAAUCUUGACGUCAUAUCUUGGGAUCAGCCAAAGUAUGUCUAGGGAAUUACCGACCUUACAGGUACAGAUUGACACCUUCAAUGAGAAGAGGCUCUGACAAAACCGAAAAUAUAUAGCGCAGUAAGGUUCUCCGAUGGACUUUUUUGAUCAUGGCUUUCUAUUCCUUUUUAGAUAAAGAAUGUCCUCCUGGUUUCUAUGGCGAAAACUGUCAAUGUAAGUAAAUCAGAAUUGUGUCAUAAUUUUUGUGUGCAAUGGCAAGUUUAACAAGUGAGCAAAGUCACAGGUUACCGUCAAAAAAUAAUAGUCGUCGAUUGAGUAAGAAUAGGCGUCACGUUGCGUUUGCCCUGGUAUCAAACAUGUUAAUAUCAUAUUUUAAUGCAGCCUCAUUAGUUUCUUUAAACUUUAAAUCUAUGAGCAUGCAAAAUUGAAAUUCCAUGGCCUAUUUGUGAACUUAGACUAAAGCCAAAUUUCAGUCUCUUGCUUAUCUCGCAGUUGUUUUAGAAGCAUAUUGUCGACUCUUGUUAAAUUAAAAAUUUUAAAUUUCUUUCUGUCACUGACGCAUGCGCAUGAAAUUAUUUAUUUAUUCAUUUACAUAUUUACUUCUCAUAUUCAACAUUUAACAAUGUCCCCCCACAAGCAGAAAAAAAAGUAUUGCGUAAGAAAUAUUUUCAUUUUCUCUUGGGACACCUGUAAAACCCAUGAGACACUGGAAACAAACAGGUUUAUGCCAAUUUCCUUUUUUGGGGGGGAGGGGGUAAACAAUUUGUACUAUGGGCGAUUUGAAACUGGUGAAUGCUAGUAGUGUUCCCGUUGAUUAACAAGAUCUUUUAUCGUUAUUUUAUCUUAUUUUAUUUUACGAUAUAUGCAAUGUCAAACAUUUUAUUUAAGCCGCCUUUUUGUUUUAAAUCUAGUUGGACUUAGUUGUUGUUUAUUACCUAGAAUUAACAUCAUUUUUUUCGAGCGUUCUUUUAAGUCCGUUGUUACGACGCCGCUGGGAAAGAUACGUGCGAAUGGCGCGUGAGGAACGGGCACAGUUGUAAGGCAUAUUACAUGAAGAUCGACUGCGCAGCGACUUGCGGCUACUGCGGUAAGUGAAACUUAGCAACUUUGACGUUUGAGGUAUUCUUGAUUUGAUAGUUUUUAAUUUUUUUAUUCUAUUAAGUCUGCUAAAAGCCGCGUAUCGUGUUUUGUUUUUUUGCUUUGUACGUGUAUAUUUUUUCGGUACUAUUAAGCUGAGCGGAUGUUCUGUUGAAUUUUUCAACCUUGGUUCUUCUUCCUACAGUUAUUGAGAGUAAAACAACUACAACAACACCAGCUCCUAUCACAACAACAGUUCCGACGAUCACAAGUACGUUUUUUUAACGUUUCUUCUUUAGUUUUAAGGACUUGACGUGUAGUGAUCCAGUCAAUGUAAUGUCAUAGUUUAAAAACGUGUUCAAUUUUACUUUUUGGUGAGAAAAUAAUCAAUGAAAUCUCUGCAGUUUUUGACAAAUUAAUCGAAAAGAAAUUUACAGGGACGUUUUUAUGGUCUUCAAAAAGGCAAGUAGUAUAGUAGAAAUGAACCAUUCCCUUUUUAAAAUAUUUGAAUUUGAAUACAUCAACGUUAUAAUUAUAUCAUUAGGCAUCUCAUUUUCAAAGUUUCUCUCCUCUUUUUCUUACUCAGGUAUCGCAAAUUAUUUUGAAUUACGUGCACUAGGAAAGAAAAUCAUCACAACCCAAUUAGGGAUGAAUCACACAUUCGAAGUUUGAUCUUCGAUCCAAAAAUCAACUGACGCCUAUUUUAACGACUCAAAAUUGCAAAAUUGUUUUGACAUUGUUUCGAAUUGUUUCUACAUUGUGCCAAAAAUGUUGUCCUGAAACCCUUCUUCGCAAAUAGUCCCUUGUAAGAUCGCCUUUAAACCGUUAUAUCGGUGUAAAUAGAGGGUGACUAGAUCGUAAUGAGAUGCGUAUCCAUUAAUUCAAUAACACCAAUUUAGUCACCUCAGUGGUUUAUUAAAUCCACAAAAAAGAGGAACGAGCCUCUUCUUUCCUUCUUAGGAGAACCGACUGAAAAUAACUAGAGAGGCGAAAAGGGAAGAGACUUAAUUAAGGUUUUCUUCCCUAUAAAUGCCUCUUCUUAGUUCUCUUGGGAUUAUAUGAUAUAACCUAGGAGCUUAGUUUAGAAAGUCUUUUCUCUACAGAGCUAGGCCGAUACACACGAGGGGUUUUGCUCCCGGAGCAUGCUCCAGGGGCCCGCUCCGGGAGCAAAGCUCCUCCGUGUGUGCCAACGAUUUCAUGGGUAUACUUCAUCCUCGGGAGCAGAAUUUCCACCCCAAAAAAUGCUCCACGAUAUUUAACCGGUUAAAUACAGGGACCGCGGAGGGGGAGGGGAUGGUAGGGCCGCGGCCCCACCACUUUUUUGCUCCCCCGCCCCCACUUUUUGCGCUAAAAAGAAAAAUAAUUAAAAUUAAAAAGACUUGAAACAAGUUUUUUUCCGUCUAUAUUCCGCUAUAUUCUCUGUAUUUUCUUUAAUUUCAAACGCCAGGCAUUUUGUGGGGCUCCUGUGCUUUUCGCGGUAAUUGUGCCCUGGGGCCGACUAGCCCCUUGAUCAAACGCCAUGCCUUGGCAAUCGCCUUGGCCACCCCUUCUCUUCGUUCGGCAGCGUGUUUUGUACUUCCAGCUCCGCCAGAGUUUUUUAUCAGUUUUAUCAGACGAAAUGAAGAUUAUUACUAGCUUUUUCAAGCCAAACAAAGGUGAGUAGUUGUUUUGAGUUGAUAAAAGUUUUAUGUUUUGUCUUUCUCCUUUCGAAUCAAUGAAAUAUUCGAUGGCAAGAAGAAUUACAUUACUUGAACAGUGAACGGCCAUAGGGCUAUUGCAUUUAAAAUCCGUACCCCCCGGUUGAGGACUUACCUUUUCAUCUUACCCCUUAAGAUUGGCUAAAAUUGCAUUCACCCCUGAAGACUUCCGUAAAACAUGGGUUUACCCCUGAAGAAUUGAGUCAUACCCCUGAAGAAUUUGGGUUUACCCCUGAAGAAUUUUGUGAAAAUUAAGGCUUCACCCCCAAAGAAUUCCAUAUUUGUUUACUCUAUAUCUACCCCUAAAGAAAUCCUCAAUUUUUAUAACUUACCCCUGGAGAAUUCCAUGGUUCCUCAACCGGGGGGGUGCGGAUAUUAAAUGCAAUAGCCCAUAGUUAGAAAUUUUUCGAUUUUCAAUAUGAAAAAAAUAUUUUCAAUUGUCAGCCCUCCCACUUUUCACCUUGCUUCGCGGUCCCUGAAAUACUUGGGAGCAAGCUCCCGGGGCAAAUAACGCUCCCUCGUGUGUACUGACACGUGCAAAAUGAUCCUGGAGCAUGCUCCAGGAGCAAAACCCCUCGUGUGUAUCGGCCUUAUAAACUCUAGCUCCAUCUCUUGCUAGAACAAUUAGACCGCCCGAAAUUUGUCCGAAACCUUGUGGCCGCGGAUUGAAGCCUUUUAGGGAGUGAGACGUUUUUUCAUUCCAGUAAACCUUUUCUCUUUAUAAUUUCACUUUUUUAGCGGAAAACGAAGAAAACUUUAGUCAAACACUAUUUACAAUAAUAUGUCAUUUCUCGCACCAGUACCUCCCACGACCGCCGCUGUAACCACACCUGGGAUUCCAAGUUUCCCUGAACCUACUGUGCCUGAGGGUAAGUACAAUUGAUAUUUGUAAGCCAUAUAAUACUGACUGUAUAAAACACAGGCCGGAUGCUUACAUAAACCGCCGCCUGGUUAGCUCAGUUUGGGAGAGCGCCAGUUUACUGAGCGGGAGGUCGCGGGUUCAAAGACCGGCCGGACCAACACUCGGGGUCUUUAAAUAAUUCAGAAGAAAGUGCUGCCUUUGUAAUGACAUCCACAAAUGGUUAGACUAUCUAGUCUUCUCGGAUAAGGACGAAAACCGUAGGUCCCGUCUCACAGCACUCACGGUUAUCUGGUUCUUGUGCGACGUAAAAGAAUCCACGCCACUGUGCAAAAUCUUCACACAUCACUCACUUCAUAAGCAGGGUGGGUACAGUAAGCUCAUUAAUGGAGUGAUACCGGCUGCCAGUGGGGACUUUGUAUGCUGACGUCCGAGCCUACUGUUAAACGUGUUAAGAUAUAUUGUAAAGAGGGCACGUAUGUUGUCCUCUCAUACAUGACUGCUUCCUUCCCUCCUUGAGUGAUAGCUAACUAAACCUAUCAAUUUAAUUGAUUUACUAGACUGUAAAAAGGACCUUCAUUCCGACUGUGGGCUGUGGGCAGGGGUAGGAGAAUGUGAAAAGAACCCGCCUUGGAUGAUUCCAAACUGUUGCGUCAGCUGUAAAUAUCACCAGGCUCCGAAAGGUUGGAAGUUGUUCAGAAUCUUUUUACUAGUUUGUUUAAGUCAUCUGUUAUGUUUCCAGUAAAUUAGAUAGCUGGGUAUCGUUGAGAAACCCAUCAACAAAUGUAGGCUAUAGAUUGUACACCUCGUGCUAUGGUUGGUAUCUCAUUAUCAUUUACUCUUCUUGAUGAUUUGUUGCUUGAUCUACAACUUCUCCUCCUGUACCUCUUUUUCAGUUUAACAGUUUUGCGGCCCGAUUAAUUUGCCCAUUUAGGAUUCAUCUAAAUUGCACUCUUUCCAAGUAGAUAAUUUAAAGGGGAAAUUCUCAACGGAUUUAUUUACUCAUGGCUCGCACACUUUCUGCUCUCACUAAAAACGGAAAAAUUAUUCGUGACAUUUGCGAUACGAGUUUGUUGUUCGCUAUAAGCUCUUCCACACGUGCGUUAAACGUCUUUCCCUAGAGCCUGUCAACGAGUUAAUGCUCAAGUUAACAUUUUGCUUCGCCCCAUGAAAGGGAAUCCGGAAUCUUGGGCUUUGGAAUCCGGAAGACAGUUCAAGGAACUCGGAAUCCCAUUAACGAUUGGACUGUCUUGGGUUCCUUUACAUGGGGUGAUAUUUUACUACUUCUUUAAGCCCUUAUUAUACUGCUAAUAAAAAUAUAUUAUCUAAAUCACUAUCAAUUCGCAGACUGUACUGAUUCACAGUCAAGCUGCCCUCGCUGGGCCUUCCAUGGGGAAUGUGAAAAAAAUAAAGCGUGGAUGUUAGCGAACUGCAGAAAAAGUUGUAACCAGUGUGGAGGUAAGGUAACUGAUUUAGUUUUCUGUAGCCUAAAAAGUUGACUAGGGGCCGCCAUACUUUAGCACUUAUAAUUUAGUUCGUAUAACUCUCUGGAACGUAAAAUGCGGAUUCCAAAAAUUUGCCUUACAACGUAAUAUUUUGAAAAAUCACUAUCAGUUAAAAGUCCUUUAUGCAACCGGGUCCAAGAAUCCAUCGUCCCUAGGAUCCAUCUUUCACAUGAGGCUCGCGAUAGAGUGUACCGAAUAUUAUUUUUUAAGGCUAUCUAUAGUUCCGUUAUAGACACACGAAAACAAUCAGUUAACCAACCAAAGCGUAGUAGGGUUUUCAGGAAGUAACGGGUGAGACCAGAGACACGUCGAGCACUGGCGUGAAUUCAACCGUUGAAAACGUUUUGAAGCUAGGGUCUGAAGCUUAUCAUCAAGUUAUAUGUACUUAUCUUUUAAAGAAUCAGCUGCGUUUAAGUCGCUUGUGCGAAGGUUAGUAAACACUGAGCGAUUAAUUCUAAUAGAAAAGAAAGAAAAAUGGGAUGUGACAGUUAUUAGAAUCCAAUGAAAUAUAUAUCAAGUUGAUGGUAUCCCUUACCUGCUACCUAGAACCUAAAUUGUUCAGAGAGAUAACAUGAAAACCAACUGGCUCGUUUAGCUUCCUAGCUUGCACAUUAAUUUCAUUAAAUUUGAUUAACCUUCGAUAGGUAUGUUCCUCUACUAGAUUGUAAUAUCGAUCAAAGGUCGAAGAUGAAGAGCAGUAAUUGUGUUACAGUAUAAUUAUGUUAAGAGCUCCGAUCCCUGAGCGGACUGUUCACAGUCUUUUCUUUUUUGCAACCACUUCAACGUUAUGCAAAUAAGAAAAAAUCUGAGUAGCUUCAUAACCAUUACAAGAAAUAGACUAUGGUUGUGUUACUGAUGUUAUUGUUGUUGUUGUUGUUGUUGUUUUUCACAGAUUGCAAAGAUACAAACGUCGUCAACUGUCCUUCAUGGGCUUUACAAAAUCAAUGCAUCUCAGGCAACAGAGUGACCUGGAUGCACAUAAACUGUAGGAGAAGCUGUGGAAUGUGUAAAGGUAAAACGUAAAGAAAAUAAGGAAAAGGAAUACCAAAUAAGAAUGGUGAGAAAGCCAAGUACAUCGGAGCAAUGCCUAAAGAUACGUCACUCGCUUCAGGCCCAAAACGUCACAGCCUAAAAUAUUAAGCAAACAUAUUCAAAACUCUGAAGAAAAACGACUUUUGUCCAAAAUCGAAAACAAUCUGCGGCAUCUCUUAUUAAAAAUUUUCUAUUUUUAUUCCAUUUUCUAACAAAUUUGGAGUGAAUUUGUGCACUUUAAAUCAAACUGUUAAAGACUUGAAGUUAAUAUUAUUUUAUGUCGCUCAAAGGAUUGGUUUACAUGUGUAUGAAUGCAUGUGCAGCUAUAGUAUUACUGAAUCAGUUAUGCGUCCACUGCAUCUCUUCCUUCACGUACGCAAUUUUGUUAUAGUGUAUGAUAAACACAAGGAUUGCCCAGCCUUGGCUGCGAGGGAUGAGUGCAUGAAAUCCAACUGGACCUGGAUAGUAGAUCUUUGUCCUCGAAGCUGUGAACUAAAGUGUAAGUAACUCAAGAAUCUGGAGAACCGAAAAAUGUCUCGGCUUUGAACGUCGGUGGGGUGUAUGUUAAGCCGGUUGAGUGUCCUAGCAUAUCCAGAGACACAAUAUGAUAGUCUUAAAACUCGAAACAAAUCAGUCUUUGUGACAAAAUUAUGAUUGGAAUGAUGUUAAGAGAGCCAAUUGUUAAAGGCGCUCUUUAGCAAUAUUGUUGGCUAAAGAAAUCUGUUAUUGCACAUUUUUACAAGAAAAUCGCCAAUGGACAUAAUUCUGUGGUUUCCUGGAAGCUGUGACGCAAGAAUAUGUUUCAUUAGAUUUUGGGGGCAAGCCAAAGCUUUGGAGGCUGUUAAUGACAUAAAUUAAAUUCAUGAAAGUUUAAAAGCAAAAGUGAGAUAAAGAACCGUUACUUUCGUUUUUAAGUUUCAGAAGCUUCCUUUUGUGGCAACAAAACAAACGGUAACUACCAAGACCCAACGACCUGUGAAGCAUAUAUAGCGUGUUCAAAUGGCGUUACAAGUCAUGUUCAUUGUCCCAAAGGGAAGAAGUUCGAUACAGUCAAACGGACCUGUGAACUGGCAGAUACAGUCAGUAACUGUAAAACUAUGGUAAAGUGUACCUAA